AGUGUCGAUGUGCUGUAUGUCUUGUUCACAUUGAGUGCCCAUUGACCACGAAUUUGUGCGCCUCGCGCCUCGGGAAGAUUGGCUGCUUGGCUCGAGAACAGGCGAUCGAUCCACCACGCCAUUGUCGAGUCCACUCCUCGCUCCGCUGCGACGUGAUGACCGCCUCGUCAUGGUGCGUGACACACCUUUGUGCUGAAUUCAAGUCUGGACCCAAAUCAUGGGGGUUCAAUUGUGCAGGCAGAGUACAAUGUGUGCCCCGAUCCUUGCCCCUUCUGCCGAAGAGGGAUGUAUGCGCCUGACGUCCGACCCAAUGAAUCCUCCGGCAGGAAUGCACGGUUGCGUCGUCCGCGAGUGCGCAUCUCGCGAAACCGAUUUCCAUGAUAUUGGCAAAGAUCAUGGCGCGUCCCUUGCAUCUUCGACGCGCCAUAGUAGGCUACUCGGUUCGCCACGCGCACCUGUGCUUGCGUGCUAAAACGGGCCAGGUGGGGCUUGAGCGAGUGCUAUUGAAAUGGCGUGGCGCAGCGCUCUUCAGGAACCUGUGCUGAUUCGACCAAAAGACCAGUGUGGCCAGUUCGCGUGCCUUUAUGCCAGCGUAGGGCUCCAGACACGUGGCCUAU